AUGGCCAGUUCAAGCAAAGAUAAUCUGGCUGCUAUCGCGGCCUCUGAUGACGACAGCACUUCUCUGUCUACUCGGGCUCAGGAAGGACUCGAUAAUUAUAUACACAACCUGUCUUUGACCGACGAACAGAAACCAGACGGAGCGGAUGAGGAGCCAUUGCAGGACACAGAACAAGGAGAAAACACUGGCAGCGUGGUUGUGGCCGACGAAGUGCUUGAUCCUGUUGCAUCAACGUCCGAUCACACGGUCGUUGAGUCUCCUUUAGAGACCACUCCCCCGUUGGAUAUACACCGUUCUUCUGUCCCGGAUACGCUCUCUGCGCAGUCUGGAAACUCCAUCGACGACAUCUCGCGCUCCAUAGACGAGUUUGCCAAUGGCCUGACGGGCGAGGACGCCAGACAGGAGGCAGACGAAGAGUCUGAGCAAGAUUCGGCUGAGCCAGAAAAUAAAGCGCAGGCUAAGCCUGUGGCGGACGCAGAGGAGUUUAGAGGCCGGUUUUUGAACGAUUUCGAUACGAGCGAGGAGCAGGAGCAUUCGGGGACACAAAACGAUACCAUUCGCACCUCGUUCGACGCUUCAACUGACACUUCAUCGAACCGUGCUCCCGACGAACAAUCGUCGCUGUCGUACUCUUCUCACCUUUCAAACUCUCCGUCAGACAGGUUUUCGUGGCAGCAGAACGACGACCAGUUUUCGUUUGCAGGCCACGAAACAAGAUCUGUGAGCUCGUCGGGCUCAUUGUCGACCAGACGCACCUACGAUCUGUCUGAUAGCUACUGCGAAAGCGUGCUGGGAGAGGAGUCCGAGGCAGACCAGUUCAGACAGAAUUUUGUGCGCCAGAACACAAAAGACACGGUCAGACCAGUGAGGUCAGAGACCCUGGGGUCUUCCGUGUACGAGGACCCUCGAAGCGAGCGAUACCAGGGAAGAGGCCCUAUAGUGAGGCCGCCGAUCCAGCAGUCCCGAGUGCGAUCCAUGCUAAUUGACGACGUGCCAGAGCCCCGCACCAACAGUCGAGUUGCAAGCGAGACGUCGCAGGAUACCAAGGACACAAAGGAGACUAUCAAGGAGACACCUGCCAUAACGGCUUUUCCCGACGCGGACCUGAAAAAAAUCAUGCAGCUACCGACGACGGAAAAACGGCUUGCAGCGCUGCAGAAAGCGAGACGGGACCUGAUGGAGUACGACACUGGGCUCUCUGGGUACUUGCACGAGGCCAUCAAGGCCGGCUCCAAGUCGUUCGCUAACACCGACUCGCAAUUGGGACCGAACGUGCUGAACGCAUUCAAGAACUCGGACCAGUACCACUCGAGCACGCCGUCGACGGCAGAGCUGGCAAACGACCUUCUACGCACCUCGUCCGUGAUCAAACAGAAAGGACGCAACUUGCUACGCAAAAUACAUCUGAAAUAG